GGGUAAUGUGAAGUGUAUGUACAUAAAUGUCACGGUGGGGCUCGCUGGGACUGACAGAGCGUCAGGUGAGGCGGCAACAUGGACUACCUUCCUAUAUUACUACUAGCUAUAAGUAGCGUUCUGGAGCUUGCAGUUUCUGGUGACCUGUGCCCAUUCCACGCCUUUGACGACAUAUUCGGGAGCAGCAUCAAGUUUAAGUACUGUCGUCAUGGAUGCUGCGGUGACGUCAGCAAGAACGUGUGUUGUCCGUCACUCCCUCUGGAGCUGGUGAUUGGCUGCGUAGCAGGGGCUGUCGUUGUCAUCGUUGUCGUCGUCGUGUUGACGUGCUGCUUCUGUGCCAGAUCGCAAGCCAGGUCUCGACACAUCCUCCGCACUACAGUACUGACGCCGACAGUUUUCCAUACCGAUUCCGCGAAUCCUGGCCUGUCUCCGGACAUGCCCGAUGUUUGCCGACCUCCUCCAUAUGACGUGGUCACGUUGGAGCUUGACAAACCACCAUCGUACGAGGAAAUCAUGCGCAGUUCCCCCGAAUAUGAGGAAAACUCCGCGCAUGCGAAGUAAAACCUGAACUUGUACCAAUAUAUACAUAUAUGUUAUGACCUGCCUAUACAAUCCGAACAUACUCAUAUCUCCGAGUGACAGGGACAUACAUGAGAAUCUUGACACCUGGUAGCGUCAAUAUACCCACCAGACAAACCUACUGACCAUAUAAGGUGUGCAAUGCUUAUGAUUGCGUUACUUCAAAACGACGUCGUCCAUAGGGUGGGUUGACAACGCUACCGCCAUCGUAAACGUCCAUUCUAGUCAUUCUCCACAAUACUCGGAUAUAAUUAAGAUAUAGUUCAGCCAUCAUCAUUUUAUCGACAGGAGAGUAGCAAUCACUGACCGCAUCGGUUUUGAUCCGGAGAGAAAGGCUUCGUUUAGAAAUGUAUGCAGUUCGCAGAGCAAUGUUUUACAUAUCUUAGAUCUAGAACAGAAACCACAUACACAUAUAUACGUCUCUGCUCAGAAAGAAUAUAAUAAUUGGUUUUCGGAUUACUUCUCUCUUGCUUUUGUUUGUGACGACCUUCCGUAAACUUUCGACAACAAUCCUGUUUCAUGUUGAAAGUAUCCUUGAUAUUUUAGGAAACAACUUGCGCAGGAGUCUUUGGGGCAACCACUCUACAUGCAGUGUUUUGUCCCUUUGAUGCCUAGAAUAAGGGUGGGUUCGAAUCCAUUAUUUCUGCAAUAAAUCGAAACGCCUGCUACACUUUCUGGCUCUGAUUCACCUUUGAUGACCCAAAUUACUUGUUAAUAUAUACGGUUAUGUACCCCUUCAUAAAUGAAGGACAUUGGUAGUUUUAUUGUAGGUUAACGGCUCUUAGUUAUACUCCUCUGCUCCAGGGAAGUAAUCGCAGGCUCAAGUUUAACAUUAUGGUACAUGUAUUUAAAGUGCUGAGAUCGUUAAGUGGAACUGGGCCCCAACAGAGGGUGGCUCGAUUCGCUGUGCAGAUUGACGCUCAUUAUGCAUGCCAGAAACGUAUAAUUGUGGGUUCGAAUCCCUGUUUGACAUUAUUAAGGUUUCUCAGCGCCAUAACAUUCUGAGCAGAUCCGUAAUCGUGAUGAUUGCGAUUGGAAGCAUGGCAUCAAUGAUUAUCCAUUUUACUUUCAUUUUGAAAGUUUUGGUUUUAUCACCUUCUCAUUAUGAUACAGCAGCGAUGAGACUGUUUGGAGGGUGGGUGUCACAGCAACACUGUCUCCGUGCCUCCAGACAGAUUCGAGAAACAGUAAUAGAAGUUCCAAUCUGUCUCAGAUUUAAUGUGAUGCUUGUUUAGGAAAUGUACAUUACCAUGUAAAUAUUAUAUUUCCAUAUUCUCUGAUAUUGUUAAUAUGUAAAUAAAAGCCUAUAUUUUGUCA